CGAGCGAGCGAACUCCAUUUUGUUCUUUCGCACGACACACUCUGGCUUCAUAAUGAUCUUUUCGGGAACAGAUGGGAGGAAAAGAUAAAAUAUGAGUUCAGGCGACCGGGACCUAUUGCCGUAUUUCACUUUAUUAAAUGAAGAUCAGUCACCAGACGACAGGAAAUAUAUUGAACUGAGGAUAUAGGACUUAACUUCUGAACAAAAUGACCACGGAGAAGCGAAAGUGAAAGUAGACCUAACUUUAACUAAAAGCUCGUAUCAGUAUUUCAGUCAAGCGUAUUCAGAGGUUAUCAUAUUAGUAUUUGUCAGCUGGAACAAGACUUUUAGCAGUUUAUGAAGCGUUUGUUUUUACAUUUUAACACAUUUGUCCAGUGGUUGACUCGACGUCUAGGCCAUGGAGCCGAAUAAGAGUGCACACUUGAGAUAACUGCUAAAUGAGGCUAUGGACACACAUGAAGAGGAAGAUGAUCUGGGGACGGUGGAGAGUGAACGAUUAAGAGCAGAUAAAGCAACAUAUCCAUCACCUUCAGUCACAUCUCUACAAAGUGACCAGUCACCGGAUCGACCGAUACUGUUCAAAGAUGGAUCUCAGAGUUUUCUGAUGAUAGAAAGGUUGAGACAAGGUCCAUCAACAUCUCCAGCAACUUCUGUUACAUCCCUACAAAGUGACCAGUCACUGGAUCGACCGAUAUUUUUCAAAGAUGGAAUAGAGCGUAAAGUGGGGAAUAAAAGGUUGCGACAAGAUAAAACAAUGUCUCCAUCACUCUCCUGUACAUCUCUACAAGGUGACCAGUCACUGGACCGACCGAUACUGUUCAAAGAUGGAACUCAGAGCAAGGAAAGGCUAAGACCAGAUGAAGCAACAUCUCCAGCACUGUCUUCUCUAAAAAGUGACCAGUCACUGGAUCUGCCAGUACUAUUUAAAGAUGGUACACAGAAUAUAAGGAGGAGUAAAAGGCUGAGACCAAAUAAACCCACAUCUCCGGCACUGUCUAGCACAUCUCUGAGAAGUGACCAGUCACUGGAUCGACCGAUAUUCUUCAAAGAUGAAGCACCAAGUAUAAGGCUGAAAUCAAAAGGCACAACAUCUCCAGCCCCUUCAUGCACAUCUCUGAAAAGUGACCAGUCACUGGAUCGACCGAUAUUCUUCAAAGCAAGGCUGAGACCAAAUAAACCCACAUCUCCGGCACUGUCUAGCACAUCUCUGAGAAGUGACCAGUCACUGGAUCGACCGAUAUUCUUCAAAGAUGAAGCACCAAGUAUAAGGCUGAAAUCAAAAGGCACAACAUCUCCAGCCCCUUCAUGCACAUCUCUGAAAAGUGACCAGUCACUGGAUCGACCGAUAUUCUUCAAAGCAAGGCUGAGAUCAAAUGGCGCAACAUCUCUAGCCCCUUCAUGCACAUCUCUGAAAAGUGACCAGUCACUGGAUCGACCGAUAUUCUUCAAAGAUGAAAAACCAAGUUUUCUGACUAAAGAAAGCACACUUUCAGCCAGUCUGCUGACGGAGGAUCACUACAAGUGUCCAGUGUGUACAGAAGUCUUCAAGAAUCCAGUUUCCAUCCCCUGUGGACACAGUUGCUGCAAACACUGCAUUGAAAUCUACUGGAGCAAACCAACUCAAGCUGGAGCUUACGCUUGUCCUCAGUGUAGAAAGAGGUUCAGAGGUCGUCCUGUGUUGAAUGUAAAUGUGGCUUUGUCUAAACUGAUUGAGGAACUCCAGAAGGCAGGGUUUAGUCCUGCUCUUCCUGCUCACUGCUACGCUGGACCUGAAGAUGUGGCCUGUGAUAUCUGCACUGAGAUGAAGCUCAAAGCUGUUAAAACCUGUUUGACCUGCACUGCUUCUUACUGUGAGACACACAUCAGACAACACUACACAGUACCAGCACUGCAGAGACACAACCUGGUGGAGGCUAUUAAUUUACCACACAAAGAAGAGAAAAAAUCACAAGAUGAAAUCAGAGAAUUGACUGCAAGAGUGAUUGAACUGGAAGCGACUUCAAAACGUUUGUGUAAAAGAUUUGAAAUUCACUGUAACGAUUUUCCCUCAGAUGUGAUUGAAAUGGCUGCUCUAAGUCGCCCUUUGAGGCUUGGAAUGUUGUAUGACAGUCACAGCAAUUCUUUUUGCCAAGAUAUCUUUAUGUGGGAUGAAGAUACAUUAGCCCUUAUGAAAGUAUCUUUGCCUCGACCACAAAAAUAUGUGAAAGUGCUGGAAAAUGACACCCCUCAGGAAAGAUACAGAGUCCUUGAAAUGUCCCCAGUGUUACAAAGUGGCACCCAGACUGGACAAAUAAAAAUUAGUGGGGCUGCAGCUUUUCUAAACCACCCAGAACAGUCUCAACAUCAGGAAAGAGUUACACUACACUACAGAACCACCACCAGACUGGACAUGAUCAGCCAAAGACUGUUACAGGAGGCAGCACACUCUGCAUUAGUUGGUCACACCACAGCAACACAUGUGGUCACCGCUGUGCACUUUGGAGCUCAAGCUUUUCUGGUUUUUGAUAGUGACCGCUCAAACCAUGAGAAAAAUGCAGAUAUUGUUGAUGUUUUAAAAAUAAUGACUUCUACCUUUUGUCCAAACCAUAUAAUUUCAAGCUUGAAUGCUGCUGAUAAAGCUAAAAGCUCAUUACUUGCUUGUAGUCUCUACAUUGAUGUGGGUGAUUGGAAGAGUCCAGUGUCUUUUGAUAAGGCAGUGGAGAUCUAUGGUUCUCUUCCAACACUGCUUGGAUCUAAAGGUGAGAGAGCAGUUCCUCUGAAGGUCUGGCUCUACCCUCUGAAGAAACUGGACAAGAGCUGUGUGCAUGCUGCUCUGAGUGAAGUCAGUGAAAACCUGAUGCAUCAAGCUGAGAGCAUUCUGGAACAUCUGAGAAAACAGAUUAGGGUCUGUCAAGACAUUAUAAAAGACUACAUUAAUGUGAAUGUGAUUAUGCAGUUUCUGACUCUGGAAGAUAAUCUUGUAGAGUUUUUAGAGCUUAUGCAGGAAUACCAGACAAAAUUUCAGAAAGAAAUUGCAGACAUUGUUCACAUUAAAGAAGGGAAAAGAGAGAGUAGUUUACAGGAUCUCCUAAAGAGGCACAACCAAUCUCCAUUCAGUGCAGAGAAAACAAACCAGUGGCUGGAGAAUAAAGAAACUGAACUGAAGAUUCUGAAUGACUUCAGAGCUGCAGACAUCACUGUUGUGAAAUCACAGGCAGAGUUACAACAGAUCAUAAAUCAUUCUCAGAAAACCAGAGUGAUGUGUCUCACUCUUUACUCACCAGAUGCAGAAGAUUCCUUCAUCACUGCUCUGAGGCAGUACAGUGAAUCUGAUGGCAUUAUACAUAAUGAUUCGCUCCUGUUUAGGCCUGUUAGCAUCAACGAAAAGACGAUUAUUAAAGUACAACUGUUUAUUGCUGCAAAUGAAGAUGCAGAGCAAACCAAGUUCAUUGCUGCAUUGAUACCUAGUGAAGAUUUUCCAGAAUGCUCUGUGCAGUUUUAUCAAGAUGGAAGGAUUGUGAGCAGAAAUGUGAAGUUUGGAACAAAAUCAGAUCUUGUCCAAAUAUCUCACAUAAAACACACCAGUGUGUCCCUGAAACUGAAUCAACCAGACACCAAGAUUGAGAGAUAUAUAGUGAAGUACAGGGCUUUGGGUGAUGAAGGAAGCAACAGUGAGCCUUGGAAACAGAUCGUUUUUGAUGACACAAGUAUCAGAGAAACCUGUAUGAUAUCAGAUCUAAAGUCUGGCCAUCACUAUCAGCUGAGGUAUAUAUUUGUUGAGCAGGACUGUAUGAAUUUGAGUAGGAUUAUUAACUUUCAGACAGUGGUUACAGCAACACCUGGGAAACCCUCAGUGAAUAAGCUGGACAGAGAUACUCUCAAAGUCACCUGGUUGAGGGCUGAAACUGAUCCAGAUUUUCCAGUGCUGCAGUAUAUGGUUGAGUAUAAAGAAGCAGGACUGAAGGGCUGGUCAUCAGUACAAACAGAAGGACUUAAAUGUAAAUGUACUUUAACUGUACUUCACAGCACCUGCUAUAAAGUCAGAGUCUCUGCUGUCUAUGAGGACAUCACCAGCAAACCUAGUGAGGAAACAUCAGUGCCAGUGGAUGUUUGGAACAUUAACCUCUCAAAGAGAAAGAGCUCCAUCCUCCUAGAAGUGCUGAAACUCCAAACAGAGAAGAAACCAGUAGAGCUGAUAGACUGGACAGAUGAAGAGAGUGAAGUGAAGGGAUUCCUGCAGUGUCUGCCCUACAUCUCACAGCUGAGGUUUGAUCGUUUAGUUUACUAUAAGAAGCAAAGCUCUUUCCAGUUCCUGGUAAAUCUGUCUGAUGCAGCAUCAAAGUUUGAAACGGCUGGACAAAAUUACACUGAAUGUUUCACAUCUGUGUGCAGCUACACAUCUUUUCCCUUCAGUGAAAUCAUCCCUAAACAUCAGUGUGAUUUCCUGCUGGAUCUGUGUUCACAUGUGAAGGACUAUGAGACUCAAACAGGCAGGAGUGUCCUUCCAGCAUUACAGCCAAUUUAUCAGUCAGCUCCUGCAGUCUGGAGAAUAAAGCUCUCAGAGAGAAAGAGCUCCAUCCUCCUAGAAGUGCUGAAACUCCAAACAGAGAAGAAACCAGUAGAGCUGAGAGACUGCACAGAUGAAGAGAGUGAAGUGAAGGGAUUCCUGCAGUGUCUGCCCUACAUCUCACAGCUGAGAUUUGCUGAACCACACAAUAAAACAGCUGAAUCAUGGGACAAAAGAAAGAGAUUAUUCAUACUGGAUCUGUGUCUGCAAGCUGCGCUCCAUCAGAAAGAGACAAUAGAAGAAACUGUGAAGAAACUGCUAUCCUCUGUAAAUUAUGAGAAAUGUGAUUUCCUGCUGGAUCUGUGUUCACAUGUGAAGGACUAUGAGACUCAAACAGGCAGGAGUGUCCUUCCAGCAUUACAUCCAAUUUAUCAGUCAGCUCCUGCAGUCUGGAGAAUAAAGCUCUCAGAGAGAAAGAGCUCCAUCCUCCUAGAAGUGCUGAAACUCCAAACAGAGAAGAAACCAGUAGAGCUGAGAGACUGGACAGAUGAAGAGAGUGAAGUGAAGGGAUUCCUGCAGUGUCUGCCCUACAUCUCACAGCUGAGGUUACCUUCCUCACAAAAUGAAUGCAUGAAAGUGAUCGACUGGAGAUUUAAAUUAACGGUACUCGAUAUGUGUCUGCAAGUGCCUUUUUUAAAUAAGGAAAUAACAAAAACAUCCGUGGACAUAUUAUACUCUUACAUCUCCUAUGGAAAUUGUGAUUUCAUGCUGGAUCUUUACCCACAUAUGAAAGUCUAUGGGACAAGAACAGGUAGGAAUGUCAUUCCAGCAUUACAGGUAAUUUAUCAGUCAGCUCCUGCAGUCUGGAGCAUAGAUCUCUCAGAGAGAAAGAGCUCCAUCCUCCUAGAAGUGCUGAAACUCCAAACAGAGAAGAAACCAGUAGAGCUGAGAGACUGCACAGAUGAAGAGAGUGAAGUGAAAGGAUUCCUUCAGUGUCUGUCCUACAUCUCACAGCUGAGAUUUGCUGUACCACACAAUAAAGCAGCUGAAUCAUGGGACAAAAGAAGAAGAUUAUUCGUACUGGAUUUGUGUCUGCAAGCUGUGCUUCAUCAGAAAGAGACAAUAGAAGAAACUGUGAAGAAACUGCUAUCCUCUGUAAAUUAUGAGAAAUGUGAUUUCCUGCUGGAUCUGUGUUCACAUGUGAAGGACUAUGAGACUCAAACAGGCAGGAGUGUCCUUCCAGCAUUACAGCCAAUUUAUCAGUCAGCUCCUGCAGUCUGGAGAAUAAAGCUCUCAGAGAGAAAGAGCUCCAUCCUCCUAGAAGUGCUGAAACUCCAAACAGAGAAGAAACCAGUAGAGCUGAGAGACUGGACAGAUGAAGAGAGUGAAGUGAAGGGAUUCCUGCAGUGUCUGCCCUACAUCUCUGAAUUAAGAUUUAUUGCACCAGAUCAAUCUUCUGAACUGUGGAUAAAAAGAAAGAGACUAUUCAUACUGGAUUUGUGUCUGCAAGCUGCUAUUCACCAACAAGAGACAAUAGAAGAAACUGUGAUGAAACUGAUAUCAUCUGUGAAUUAUGAGAGAGCUGAUUUCCUGCUGGAUCUGUAUUCACAUGUGAAGGACUAUGAGACUCAAACAGGCUGGAGUGUCCUUCCAGCAUUACAGCCAAUUUAUCAGUCAGCUCCUGCAGUCUGGAGAAUAGAUCUCUCAGAGAGAAAGAGCUCCAUCCUCCUAGAAGUGCUGAAACUCCAAACAGAGAAGAAACCAGUAGAGCUGAGAGACUGGACAGAUGAAGAGAGUGAAGUGAAGGGAUUCCUGCAGUGUCUGCCCCACAUCUCACAGCUGAGGUUUUAUUUGAUGAUUAAACCUGAUGUAAAGUUUCUACUGGAACUGAUUGUUUCAGCAUCAGAGAUUGCUGCAAAUCAAGGAGAAAAUUACACUGAACUAUUAACAUCUGUGUGCAGCUACACAUCUUUCCCUUUUAAUGAGGAUUAUUUAGAUGAUUCUGAUUAUCAGAUUAUUCAAUGUGAUUUCCUGCUGGAUCUGUGUUCACAUGUGAAGGACUAUGAGUCUCAAACAGGCAGGAGUGUCCUUCCAGCAUUACAGCCAAUUUAUCAGUCAGCUCCUGCAGUCUGGAGAAUAAAGCUCUCAGAGAGAAAGAGCUCCAUCCUCCUAGAAGUGCUGAAACUCCAAACAGAGAAGAAACCAGUAGAGCUGAGAGACUGGACAGAUGAAGAGAGUGAAGUGAAGGGAUUCCUGCAGUGUCUGCCCUACAUCUCUGAAUUAAGAUUUAUUGCACCAGAUCAAUCUUCUGAACUGUGGAUAAAAAGAAAGAGACUAUUCAUACUGGAUUUGUGUCUACAAGCUGCUAUUCACCAACAAGAGACAAUAGAAGAAACUGUGAUGAAACUGAUAUCAUCUGUGAAUUAUGAGAGAGCUGAUUUCCUGCUGGAUCUGUAUUCACAUGUGAAGGACUAUGAGACUCAAACAGGCUGGAGUGUCCUUCCAGCAUUACAGCCAAUUUAUCAGUCAGCUCCUGCAGUCUGGAGCAUAGAUCUCUCAGAGAGAAAGAGCUCCAUCCUCCUAGAAGUGCUGAAACUCCAAACAGAGAAGAAACCAGUAGAGCUGAGAGACUGGACAGAUGAAGAGAGUGAAGUGAAGGGAUUCCUGCAGUGUCUGCCCUACAUCUCACAGCUGAGAAUUGAUGAUCCUGAUUCCAGUAUUGACAGGAAAUCUGCUGCUCAGUUUCUGCUGAAUCUAACUGUUGAAGCUUCAAAGUGUGUUACAACUACAGGAGAGAAUUACAUUGAGCUGUUAGCAUCAGUGUGCAGCUACACAUCAUUUCUCUGUUAUGAUGAUGAUGAUCACAACAGAGAACACUGUGAUUUCCUGCUGGAUCUGUGUUCACAUGUGAAGGACUAUGAGACUCAAACAGGCAGGAGUGUCCUUCCAGCAUUACAGCCAAUUUAUCAGUCAGCUCCUGCAGUCUGGAGCAUAGAUCUCUCAGAGAGAAAGAGCUCCAUCCUCCUAGAAGUGCUGAAACUCCAAACAGAGAAGAAACCAGUAGAGCUGAGAGACUGGACAGAUGAAGAGAGUGAAGUGAAGGGAUUGCUGCAGUGUCUGCCCUACAUCUCACAGCUGAGAUUUUAUUUCUAUGAGAAGAAAACAUCUGUCCAGUUUCUGGUGAAUCUGAUUGUUUCAGCAUUAGAGUUUGAUAAAACGACUGGUGAAAAUUACUCUGAGCUGUUCACAUCUGUGUGCAGCUACACAUCUUUCCCCUUCAGUGAAAACUAUACUAACUUUCACGCUGAUCAGUCUGAUUUUCUGCUGGAUCUGUGUUCACAUGUGAAGGACUAUGAGUCUCAAACAGGCAGGAGUGUCCUUCCAGCAUUACAGCCAAUUUAUCAGUCAGCUCCUGCAGUCUGGAGAAUAAAACUCUCAGAGAGAAAGAGCUCCAUCCUCCUAGAAGUGCUGAAACUCCAAACAGAGAAGAAACCAGUAGAGCUGAGAGACUGGACAGAUGAAGAGAGUGAAGUGAAGGGAUUCCUGCAGUGUCUGCCCUACAUCUCUGAAUUAAGAUUUAUUGCACCAGAUCAAUCUUCUGAACUGUGGAUAAAAAGAAAGAGACUAUUCAUACUGGAUUUGUGUCUACAAGCUGCUAUUCACCAACAAGAGACAAUAGAAGAAACUGUGAUGAAACUGAUAUCAUCUGUGAAUUAUGAGAGAGCUGAUUUUCUGCUGGAUCUGUGUUCACAUGUGAAGGACUAUGAGACUCAAACAGGCAGGAGUGUCCUUCCAGCAUUACAGCCAAUUUAUCAGUCAGCUCCUGCAGUCUGGAGCAUAGAUCUCUCAGAGAGAAAGAGCUCCAUCCUCCUAGAAGUGCUGAAACUCCAAACAGAGAAGAAACCAGUAGAGCUGAGAGACUGGACAGAUGAAGAGAGUGAAGUGAAGGGAUUCCUGCAGUGUCUGCCCUACAUCUCACAGCUGAGAUUUGCCGUACCACACAAUAAAACAGCUGAAUCAUGGGAUAAAAGAAGAAGAUUAUUCGUACUGGAUUUGUGUCUGAAAGCUGCGCUCCAUCAGAAAGACACAAUAGAAGAAACUGUGAAGAAACUGCUAUCCUCUGUAAAUUAUGAGAAAUGUGAUUUCCUGCUGGAUCUGUGUUCACAUGUGAAGGACUAUGAGACUCAAACAGGCAGGAGUGUCCUUCCAGCAUUACAGCCAAUUUAUCAGUCAGCUCCUGCAGUCUGGAGAAUAAAGCUCUCAGAGAGAAAGAGCUCCAUCCUCCUAGAAGUGCUGAAACUCCAAACAGAGAAGAAACCAGUAGAGCUGAGAGACUGCACAGAUGAAGAGAGUGAAGUGAAGGGAUUCCUGCAGUGUCUGCCCCACAUCUCACAGCUGAGGUUUGACAUUUUUAACUGGAAGAGUGAACCUGCUGUAAAGUUUCUACUGAAACUGAUUGUUUCAGCAUCAGAGAUUGAUGAAAAUCAAGGAGAAACUUACACUGAACUAUUAACAUCUGUGUGCAGCUACACAUCUUUCCCUUUUAAUGGAAAUUAUUUAUAUAAUAUUCAAUCUGAUUUCCUGCUGGAUCUGUGUUCACAUGUGAAGGACUAUGAGACUCAAACAGGCAGGAGUGUCCUUCCAGCAUUACAGCCAAUUUAUCAGUCAGCUCCUGCAGUCUGGAGCAUAGAUCUCUCAGAGAGAAAGAGCUCCAUCCUCCUAGAAGUGCUGAAACUCCAAACAGAGAAGAAACCAGUAGAGCUGAGAGACUGCACAGAUGAAGAGAGUGAAGUGAAGGGAUUCCUGCAGUGUCUGCCCUACAUCUCACAGCUGAGUUUUGACUUGAUGAGUGAACCUACUAUAAAGUUUCUACUGAAACUGAUUGUUUCAGCAUCAGAGAUUGAUGCAAAUCAAGGAGAAACUUACACUGAACUAUUAACAUCUGUGUGCAGCUACACAUCUUUCCCUUUUAAUGAGGAUUAUACAGAUGAUUUAGAUUUUCAGACUCAUCAAUCUGAUUUCCUGCUGGAUCUGUGUUCACAUGUGAAGGACUAUGAGACUCAAACAGGCAGGAGUGUCCUUCCAGCAUUACAGCCAAUUUAUCAGUCAGCUCCUGCAGUCUGGAGAAUAAAGCUCUCAGAGAGAAAGAGCUCCAUCCUCCUAGAAGUGCUGAAACUCCAAACAGAGAAGAAACCAGUAGAGCUGAGAGACUGGACAGAUGAAGAGAGUGAAGUGAAGGGAUUGCUGCAGUGUCUGCCCUACAUCUCACAGCUGAGAAUUGAUGAUCCUGGUUUCUAUAUUAAGAGGAAAUCUGCUGCUCAGUUUCUGCUGAAUCUAACUGUUGAAGCUUCAAAGUGUGUUACAACUACAGGAGAGAAUUACAUUGAGCUGUUAGCAUCAGUGUGCAGCUACAGAUCAUUUCUCUGUUAUGAUGAUGAUGAUCACAACAGAGAACACUGUGAUUUCCUGCUGGAUCUGUGUUCACAUGUGAAGGACUAUGAGACUCAAACAGGCAGGAGUGUCCUUCCAGCAUUACAGCCAAUUUAUCAGUCAGCUCCUGCAGUCUGGAGCAUAGAUCUCUCAGAGAGAAAGAGCUCCAUCCUCCUAGAAGUGCUGAAACUCCAAACAGAGAAGAAACCAGUAGAGCUGAGAGACUGGACAGAUGAAGAGAGAGAAGUGAAGGGAUUCCUGCAGUGUCUGCCCUACAUCUCACAGCUGAGAUUUGAUUUCUAUGAGAAGAAAACAUCUGUCCAGUUUCUGGUGAAUCUGAUUGUUUCAGCGUCAGAGUUUGAUAAAACGACUGGUGAAAAUUACACAGAGCUGUUCACAUCUGUGUGCAGCUACACAUCUUUCCCCUUCAGUGAAAACCAUACUAACCAUCACGUUUAUCAGUGUGAUUUCCUGCUGGAUCUGUGUUCACAUGUGAAGGACUAUGAGACUCAAACAGGCAGGAGUGUCCUUCCAGCAUUACAGCCAAUUUAUCAGUCAGCUCCUGCAGUCUGGAGAAUAAACCUCUCGGAGAGAAAGAGCUCCAUCCUCCUAGAAGUGCUGAAACUCAGAAAAGAAAAGAAAUUAGUAAGGCUGAGAGACUGCACAGAUGAAGAGAGUGAAGUGAAGGGAUUCCUGCAGUGUCUGCCCUACAUCUCUAAAUUAAGAUUUAUUGCACCAGAUCAAUCUUCUGAACUGUGGAUAAAAAGAAAAAGACUAUUCAUACUGGAUUUGUGUCUGCAAGCUGCUAUUCACCAACAAGAGACAAUAGAAGAAACUGUGAUGAAACUGAUAUCAUCUGUGAAUUAUGAGAGAGCUGAUUUCCUGCUGGAUCUGUGUUCACAUGUGAAGGACUAUGAGACUCAAACAGGCUGGAGUGUCCUUCCAGCAUUACAGCCAAUUUAUCAGUCAGCUCCUGCAGUCUGGAGCAUAGAUCUCUCAGAGAGAAAGAGCUCCAUCCUCCUAGAAGUGCUGAAACUCCAAACAGAGAAGAAACCAGUAGAGCUGAGAGACUGCACAGAUGAAGAGAGUGAAGUGAAGGGAUUCCUGCAGUGUCUGCCCUACAUCUCACAGCUGAGAAUUGAUGAAUCUGAUUCCAGUAUUGACAGGAAAUCUGCUGCUCAGUUUCUGCUGAAUCUAACUGUUGAAGCUUCAAAGUGUGUUACAACUACAGGAGAGAAUUACAUUGAGCUGUUAGCAUCAGUGUGCAGCUACACAUCAUUUCUCUGUUAUGAUGAUGAGGAUGAUGAUGAUGAUCACAACAGAGAACAUUGUGAUUUUCUGCUGGAUCUGUGUUCACAUGUGAAGGACUAUGAGACUCAAACAGACAGGAGUGUCCUUCCAGCAUUACAGCCAAUUUAUCAGUCAGCUCCUGCAGUCUGGAGAAUAGAUCUCUCAGAGAGAAAGAGCUCCAUCCUCCUAGAAGUGCUGAAACUCCAAACAGAGAAGAAACCAGUAGAGCUGAUAGACUGCACAGAUGAAGAGAGUGAAGUGAAGGGAUUCCUGCAGUGUCUGCCCCACAUCUCACAGCUGAGAAUUGAUGAUCCUGGUUUCUAUAUUAAGAGGAAAUCUGCUGCUCAGUUUCUGCUGAAUCUGACUGUUGCAGCUUCAAAGUGUGUUACAACUACAGGAGAGAAUUACAUUGAGCUGUUAGCAUCUGUGUGCAGCUACACAUCAUUUCUCUGUUUAGAUGAUGAUGAUGAUGAUGACAACAGAGAACACUCUGAUUUCCUGCUGGAUCUGUGUUCACAUGUGAAGGACUAUGAGACUCAAACAGACAGGAGUGUCCUUCCAGCAUUACAGCCAAUUUAUCAGUCAGCUCCUGCAGUCUGGAGAAUAAAGCUCUCAGAGAGAAAGAGCUCCAUCCUCCUAGAAGUGCUGAAACUCCAAACAGAGAAGAAACCAGUAGAGCUGAGAGACUGCACAGAUGAAGAGAGUGAAGUGAAGGGAUUCCUGCAGUGUCUGCCCUACAUCUCACAGCUGAGGUUUGACUUGAUGAAUGAACCUGCUGUAAAGUUUCUACUGAAACUGAUUGUUUCAGCAUCAGAGAUUGAUGCAAAUCAAGGAGAAACUUACACUGAACUAUUAACAUCUGUGUGCAGCUACACAUCUUUCCCUUUUAAUGGGGAUUAUACAGAUAAUUUAGAUUUUCAGACUGAUCAAUCUGAUUUCCUGCUGGAUCUGUGUUCACAUGUGAAGGACUAUGAGACUCAAACAGGCAGGAGUGUCCUUCCAGCAUUACAGCCAAUUUAUCAGUCAGCUCCUGCAGUCUGGAGAAUAGAUCUCUCAGAGAGAAAGAGCUCCAUCCUCCUAGAAGUGCUGAAACUCCAAACAGAGAAGAAACCAGUAGAGCUGAUAGACUGGACAGAUGAAGAGAGUGAAGUGAAGGGAUUCCUGCAGUGUCUGCCCUACAUCUCACAGCUGAGAUUUGCUGAACCACACAAUAAAACAGCUGAAUCAUGGGACAAAAGAAGAAGAUUAUUCAUACUGGAUUUGUGUCUGCAAGCUGUGCUCCAUCAGAAAGAGACAAUAGAAGAAACUGUGAAGAAACUGCUAUCCUCUGUAAAUUAUGAGAAAUGUGAUUUCCUGCUGGAUCUGUGUUCACAUGUGAAGGACUAUGAGACUCAAACAGACAGGAGUGUCCUUCCAGCAUUACAGCCAAUUUAUCAGUCAGCUCCUGCAGUCUGGAGAAUAAAGCUCUCAGAGAGAAAGAGCUCCAUCCUCCUAGAAGUGCUGAAACUCCAAACAGAGAAGAAACCAGUAGAGCUGAGAGACUGGACAGAUGAAGAGAGUGAAGUGAAGGGAUUCCUGCAGUGUCUGCCCUACAUCUCACAGCUGAGAUUUGCUGUACCACACAAUAAAACAGCUGAAUCAUGGGACAAAAGAAGAAGAUUAUUCAUACUGGAUUUGUGUCUGCAAGCUGUGCUCCAUCAGAAAGAGACAAUAGAAGAAACUGUGAAGAAACUGCUUUCCUCUGUAAAUUAUGAGAAAUGUGAUUUCCUGCUGGAUCUGUGUUCACAUGUGAAGGACUAUGAGACUCAAACAGGCAGGAGUGUCCUUCCAGCAUUACAGCCAAUUUAUCAGUCAGCUCCUGCAGUCUGGAGCAUAGAUCUCUCAGAGAGAAAGAGCUCCAUCCUCCUAGAAGUGCUGAAACUCCAAACAGAGAAGAAACCAGUAGAGCUGAGAGACUGCACAGAUGAAGAGAGUGAAGUGAAGGGAUUCCUGCAGUGUCUGCCCUACAUCUCACAGCUGAGAAUUCAUGAUCCUGAUUUCAUUAUUGACAGGGAAUCUGCUGCUCAGUUUCUGCUGAAUCUGACUGUUGCAGCUUCAAAGUGUGUUACAACUACAGGAGAGAAUUACAUUGAGCUGUUAGCAUCAGUGUGCAGCUACAGAUCAUUUCUCUGUAAUGAAUGGAUUGAUGAUUGUGAUGAUGCUGAGCUUAAGAUGAUGUCUAUCGGAGAACAUUCUGAUUUCCUGCUGGAUCUGUGUUCACAUGUGAAGGACUAUGAGACUCAAACAGGCAGGAGUGUCCUUCCAGCAUUACAGCCAAUUUAUCAGUCAGCUCCUGCAGUCUGGAGCAUAUAUCUCUCAGAGAGAAAGAGCUCCAUCCUCCUAGAAGUGCUGAAACUCCAAACAGAGAAGAAACCAGUAGAGCUGAUAGACUGGACAGAUGAAGAGAGUGAAGUGAAGGGAUUCCUGCAGUGUCUGCCCUACAUCUCACAGCUGAGGUUUUAUUUGAAGAGUAAACCUGCUGUAAAGUUUCUACUGAAACUGAUUGUUUCAGCAUCAGAGAUUGAUUCAAAUCAAGGAGAAACUUACACUGAACUAUUAACAUCUGUGUGCAGCUACACAUCUUUCCCUUUUAAUGAGGAUUAUUUUGAUCCUGAUUAUCAGAUUUAUCAGUGUGAUUUUCUGCUGGAUCUGUGUUCACAUGUGAAGGACUAUGAGACUCAAACAGGCAGGAGUGUCCUUCCAGCAUUACAGCCAAUUUAUCAGUCAGCUCCUGCAGUCUGGAGAAUAGAUCUCUCAGAGAGAAAGAGCUCCAUCCUCCUAGAAGUGCUGAAACUCCAAACAGAGAAGAAACCAGUAGAGCUGAGAGACUGGACAGAUGAAGAGAGUGAAGUGAAGGGAUUCCUGCAGUGUCUGCCCUACAUCUCACAGCUGAGAUUUGAUUUCUAUGAGAAGAAAACAUCUGUCCAGUUUCUGGUGAAUCUGAUUGUUUCAGCGUCAGAGUUUGAUAAAACGACUGGUGAAAAUUACACUGAGCUGUUCACAUCUGUGUGCAGCUACACAUCUUUCCCCUUCAAUGAAAACUAUACUAACCGUAAUGCUGAUCAGUGUGAUAUCCUGCUGGAUCUGUGUUCACAUGUGAAGGACUAUGAGACUCAAACAGGCAGGAGUGUCCUUCCAGCAUUACAGCCAAUUUAUCAGUCAGCUCCUGCAGUCUGGAGAAUAAAGCUCUCAGAGAGAAAGAGCUCCAUCCUCCUAGAAGUGCUGAAACUCCAAACAGAGAAGAAACCAGUAGAGCUGAGAGACUGGACAGAUGAAGAGAGUGAAGUGAAGGGAUUCCUGCAGUGUCUGCCCUACAUCUCACAGCUGAGAAUUGAUGAAUCUGAUUUCAGUAUUGACAGGAAAUCUGCUGCUCAGUUUCUGCUGAAUCUGACUGUUGCAGCUUCAAAGUGUGUUACAACUACAGGAGAGAAUUACAUUGAGCUGUUAGCAUCAGUGUGCAGCUACAGAUCAUUUCUCUGUUAUGAGGAUGAUGAUCACAACAGAGAACACUGUGAUUUCCUGCUGGAUCUGUGUUCACAUGUGAAGGACUAUGAGACUCAAACAGGCAGGAGUGUCCUUCCAGCAUUACAGCCAAUUUAUCAGUCAGCUCCUGCAGUCUGGAGAAUAAAGCUCUCAGAGAGAAAGAGCUCCAUCCUCCUAGAAGUGCUGAAACUCCAAACAGAGAAGAAACCAGUAGAGCUGAGAGACUGGACAGAUGAAGAGAGUGAAGUGAAGGGAUUCCUGCAGUGUCUGCCCUACAUCUCACAGCUGAGAAUUGAUGAAUCUGAUUCCAGUAUUGACAGGGAAUCUGCUGCUCAGUUUCUGCUGAAUCUGACUGUUGCAGCUUCAAAGUGUGUUACAACUACAGGAGAGAAUUACAUUGAGCUGUUAGCAUCAGUGUGCAGCUACAGAUCAUUUCUCUGUUAUGAGGAUGAUGAUCACAACAGAGAACACUGUGAUUUCCUGCUGGAUCUGUGUUCACAUGUGAAGGACUAUGAGACUCAAACAGGCAGGAGUGUCCUUCCAGCAUUACAGCCAAUUUAUCAGUCAGCUCCUGCAGUCUGGAGAAUAAAGCUCUCAGAGAGAAAGAGCUCCAUCCUCCUAGAAGUGCUGAAACUCCAAACAGAGAAGAAACCAGUAGAGCUGAGAGACUGGACAGAUGAAGAGAGUGAAGUGAAGGGAUUCCUGCAGUGUCUGCCCUACAUCUCACAGCUGAGAAUUGAUGAUCCUGAUUUCAGUAUUGACAGGGAAUCUGCUGCUCAGUUUCUGCUGAAUCUGACUGUUGCAGCUUCAAAGUGUGUUACAACUACAGGAGAGAAUUACAUUGAGCUGUUAGCAUCAGUGUGCAGCUACACAUCAUUUCUCUGUUAUGAGGAUGAUGAUCACAACAGAGAACACUGUGAUUUCCUGCUGGAUCUGUGUUCACAUGUGAAGGACUAUGAGACUCAAACAGGCAGGAGUGUCCUUCCAGCAUUACAGCCAAUUUAUCAGUCAGCUCCUGCAGUCUGGAGAAUAAAGCUCUCAGAGAGAAAGAGCUCCAUCCUCCUAGAAGUGCUGAAACUCCAAACAGAGAAGAAACCAGUAGAGCUGAUAGACUGGACAGAUGAAGAGAGAGAAGUGAAGGGAUUCCUGCAGUGUCUGCCCUACAUCUCACAGCUGAGAUUUGAUUUCUAUGAGAAGAAAACAUCUGUCCAGUUUCUGGUGAAUCUGAUUGUUUCAGCAUCAGAGUUUGAUAAAACGACUGGUGAAAAUUACACUGAGCUGUUCACAUCUGUGUGCAGCUACACAUCUUUCCCCUUCAGUGAAAACUAUACUAACCGUCACAUUGAUCAGUGUGAUUUCCUGCUGGAUCUGUGUUCACAUGUGAAGGACUAUGAGACUCAAACAGGCAGGAGUGUCCUUCCAGCAUUACAGCCAAUUUAUCAGUCAGCUCCUGCAGUCUGGAGAAUAGAUCUCUCAGAGAGAAAGAGCUCCAUCCUCCUAGAAGUGCUGAAACUCCAAACAGAGAAGAAACCAGUAGAGCUGAGAGACUGGACAGAUGAAGAGAGAGAAGUGAAGGGAUUCCUGCAGUGUCUGCCCUACAUCUCACAGCUGAGGUUUUAUUUGACGAGUGAACCUGCUGUAAAGUUUCUACUGGAACUGAUUGUUUCAGCAUCAGAGUUUGAUGCAAAUCAAGGAGAAAAUUACACUGAACUAUUAACAUCUGUGUGCAGCUACACAUCUUUCCCUUUUGACAAGGAUUAUUUUGAUGAUUCUGAUUGUCAGAUUGAUCAGUGUGAUUUCCUGCUGGAUCUGUAUUCACAUGUGAAGGACUAUGAGACUCAAACAGGCAGGAGUGUCCUUCCAGCAUUACAGCCAAUUUAUCAGUCAGCUCCUGCAGUCUGGAGAAUAGAUCUCUCAGAGAGAAAGAGCUCCAUCCUCCUAGAAGUGCUGAAACUCCAAACAGAGAAGAAACCAGUAGAGCUGAGAGACUGGACAGAUGAAGAGAGUGAAGUGAAGGGAUUCCUGCAGUGUCUGCCCUACAUCUCACAGCUGAGGUUUUAUUUGACGAGUGAACCUGCUGUAAAGUUUCUACUGGAACUGAUUGUUUCAGCAUCAGAGAUUGAUGCAAAUCAAGGAGAAAAUUACACUGAACUAUUAACAUCUGUGUGCAGCUACACAUCUUUCCCUUUUAAUGAGGAUUAUUUUGAUGAUUCUGAUUGUCAGAUUGAUCAGUGUGAUUUCCUGCUGGAUCUGUGUUCACAUGUGAAGGACUAUGAGACUCAAACAGGCAGGAGUGUCCUUCCAGCAUUACAGCCAAUUUAUCAGUCAGCUCCUGCAGUCUGGAGCAUAGAUCUCUCAGAGAGAAAGAGCUCCAUCCUCCUAGAAGUGCUGAAACUCCAAACAGAGAAGAAACCAGUAAAGCUGAGAGACUGGACAGAUGAAGAGAGAGAAGUGAAGGGAUUCCUGCAGUGUCUGCCCUACAUCUCACAGCUGAGGUUUUAUUUGACGAGUGAACCUGCUGUAAAGUUUCUACUGGAACUGAUUGUUUCAGCAUCAGAGUUUGAUGCAAAUCAAGGAGAAAAUUACACUGAACUAUUAACAUCUGUGUGCAGCUACACAUCUUUCCCUUUUAAUGAGGAUUAUUUUGAUGAUUCUGAUUGUCAGAUUGAUCAGUGUGAUUUCCUGCUGAAUCUGUAUUCACAUGUGAAGGACUAUGAGACUCAAACAGGCAGGAGUGUCCUUCCAGCAUUACAGCCAAUUUAUCAGUCAGCUCCUGCAGUCUGGAGCAUAGAUCUCUCAGAGAGAAAGAGCUCCAUCCUCCUAGAAGUGCUGAAACUCCAAACAGAGAAGAAACCAGUAGAGCUGAGAGACUGCACAGAUGAAGAGAGUGAAGUGAAGGGAUUCCUGCAGUGUCUGCCCUACAUCUCACAGCUGAGAAUUGAUGAAUCUGAUUCCAGUAUUGACAGGAAAUCUGCUGCUCAGUUUCUGCUGAAUCUGACUGUUGAAGCUUCAAAGUGUGUUACAACUACAGGAGAGAAUUACAUUGAGCUGUUAGCAUCAGUGUGCAGCUACACAUCAUUUCUCUGUUAUGAUGAUGAAUGGCUUGAUGAAGAUGAGUAUAUCAGAGAACACUGUGAUUUCCUGCUGGAUCUGUGUUCACAUGUGAAGGACUAUGAGACUCAAACAGGCAGGAGUGUCCUUCCAGCAUUACAGCCAAUUUAUCAGUCAGCUCCUGCAGUCUGGAGCAUAGAUCUCUCAGAGAGAAAGAGCUCCAUCCUCCUAGAAGUGCUGAAACUCCAAACAGAGAAGAAACCAGUAGAGCUGAGAGACUGCACAGAUGAAGAGAGUGAAGUGAAGGGAUUCCUGCAGUGUCUGCCCUACAUCUCACAGCUGAGAUUUGAUUCCUUUGCUUUCUGUGAGAAGAAAACAUCUGUCCAGUUUCUGGUGAAUCUGAUUGUUUCAGCGUCAGAGUUUGAUAAAACGACUGGUGAAAAUUACACUGAGCUGUUCACAUCUGUGUGCAGCUACACAUCUUUCCCCUUCAGUGAAAACUAUACUCACCAUCAAGCUGAUCAGUGUGAUAUCCUGCUGGAUCUGUGUUCACAUGUGAAGGACUAUGAGACUCAAACAGGCAGGAGUGUCCUUCCAGCAUUACAGCCAAUUUAUCAGUCAGCUCCUGCAGUCUGGAGCAUAGAUCUCUCAGAGAGAAAGAGCUCCAUCCUCCUAGAAGUGCUGAAACUCCAAACAGAGAAGAAACCAGUAGAGCUGAGAGACUGCACAGAUGAAGAGAGUGAAGUGAAGGGAUUCCUGCAGUGUCUGCCCUACAUCUCACAGCUGAGAUUUGAUUUCUAUGAGAAGAAAACAUCUGUCCAGUUUCUGGUGAAUCUGAUUGUUUCAGCGUCAGAGUUUGAUAAAACGACUGGAGAAAAUUACACAGAGCUGUUCACAUCUGUGUGCAGCUACACAUCUUUCCCCUUCAGUGAAAACUAUACUCACCAUCAAGCUGUUCAAUCUGAUUUCCUGCUGGAUCUGUGUUCACAUGUGAAGGACUAUGAGACUCAAACAGGCAGGAGUGUCCUUCCAGCAUUACAGCCAAUUUAUCAGUCAGCUCCUGCAGUCUGGAGAAUAAAGCUCUCAGAGAGAAAGAGCUCCAUCCUCCUAGAAGUGCUGAAACUCCAAACAGAGAAGAAACCAGUAGAGCUGAGAGACUGCACAGAUGAAGAGAGUGAAGUGAAGGGAUUCCUGCAGUGUCUGCCCUACAUCUCACAGCUGAGGUUUGACUUGAAGAGAGAACCUGCUGUAAAGUUUCUACUGGAACUGAUUGUUUCAGCAUCAGAGACUGAUGCAAAUCAAGGAGAAACUUACACUGAACUAUUAACAUCUGUGUGCAGCUACACAUCUUUCCCUUUUAAUCAGGAUUAUUUUAAUCCUGUUUAUCAGAUUAUUCAAUCUGAUUUCCUGCUGGAUCUGUGUUCACAUGUGAAGGACUAUGAGACUCAAACAGGCAGGAGUGUCCUUCCAGCAUUACAGCCAAUUUAUCAGUCAGCUCCUGCAGUCUGGAGCAUAGAUCUCUCAGAGAGAAAGAGCUCCAUCCUCCUAGAAGUGCUGAAACUCCAAACAGAGAAGAAACCAGUAGAGCUGAGAGACUGGACAGAUGAAGAGAGUGAAGUGAAGGGAUUCCUGCAGUGUCUGCCCUACAUCUCUGAAUUAAGAUUUAUUGCACCAGUUCAAUCUUCUGAACUGUGGAUAAAAAGAAAGAGACUAUUCAUACUGGAUUUGUGUCUACAAGCUGCUAUUCACCAACAAGAGACAAUAGAAGAAACUGUGAUGAAACUGAUAUCAUCUGUGAAUUAUGAGAGAGCUGAUUUUCUGCUGGAUCUGUGUUCACAUGUGAAGGACUAUGAGACUCAAACAGGCAGGAGUGUCCUUCCAGCAUUACAGCCAAUUUAUCAGUCAGCUCCUGCAGUCUGGAGCAUAAACCUCUCAGAGAGAAAGAGCUCCAUCCUCCUAGAAGUGCUGAAACUCCAAACAGAGAAGAAACCAGUAGAGCUGAGAGACUGGACAGAUGAAGAGAGUGAAGUGAAGGGAUUCCUGCGGUGUCUGCCCUACAUCUCACAGCUGAGAUUUUAUCCUUUUGUUUUCUAUAAGAAGAAAACAUCUGUCCAGUUUCUGGUGAAUCUGAUUGUUUCAGCGUCAGAGUUUGAUAAAACGACUGGUGAAAAUUACACUGAGCUGUUCACAUCUGUGUGCAGCUACACAUCUUUCCCCUUCAGUGAAAACUAUACUCACCAUCAAGCUGAUCAGUGUGAUUUCCUGCUGGAUCUGUUUUCACAUGUGAAGGACUAUGAGACUCAAACAGGCAGGAGUGUCCUUCCAGCAUUACAGCCAAUUUAUCAGUCAGCUCCUGCAGUCUGGAGAAUAAAGCUCUCAGAGAGAAAGAGCUCCAUCCUCCUAGAAGUGCUGAAACUCCCAACAGAGAAGAAACCAGUAGAGCUGAGAGACUGCACAGAUGAAGAGAGUGAAGUGAAGGGAUUCCUGCAGUGUCUGCCCCACAUCUCACAGCUGAGGAAUGCCGAGUGCUUCAUCCCAUCUCUAUGUAAAGUAUUUGGGUCCAGAGUGAAAUCAGAUCAGGUCACUCCUCUACUUCAGGCUUUGGACUUCACUGUAACACUGAGUGGAAAAUUACCCAGCAGCACCUGCAGAUCUGUGGGGAGAGUUCUGGGUCUUUCACCCUCAAAACUAAACCUGACUCUAAAGCCAAAAGCCAUUUCUGUCAGAGGAACCAGACUGCUCUUCAGACACAUCAGACACCUGCAGAAGCUGAGUCUGGAAGACAAAAUGUUAGUGAAGAUGGUCAGAGUGCUGAGGUCAUGUCCUGUUUUACUGAACACAGAGGAGCUUUCACUGAUCACUAAAGACUCAAAGCAGAGUCUCUCUCAUAUCCUGAGCAGCUUGAUGUCUCUCCUGAGACUGCUGUCUGUCCAGUGUUUGGAUCUUACCAAGUGUACCAAGUCUCUGUCUCUCACACCACUGUUGGGUCUCCAAGAACCUCUGUCUAUCAGGUUCUCUAAAGAAACUCUUCAGCAGCUGGUUUCAGUGGUGUAUGAAGCACAGGAUGAUAAACUGACACGCUGCUUUCUGAAGAAGGUGUCUAAGGAUCUGACUUCCUGUUCACUGACCUGGGAAGUGAUUCAUUACCUGCUGCAACAUCAAGCUCUCAAUUUAAAGUUGGACUUCAGGAAGAGCAAAAUCACUUGUGAAAUCAGACAACUGUUACCCUGGUUGGGCACAAUUCAGCUGAAAAGGUUGAGCCCCAGCUUUACUCUGUCCAUCAUUAUGGAGAUUUAUGAGACUCGUUUUCCUCAGUAUGUGUCCGGUCUCAUGAGUUCAGCAGGAAAUGACAUCAGCCUGAAUGGCCGAGUGUUGGACUCUGUUCACUGCGCUGCUCUGCGCUUCACUCUGCAGCACUGCAACACUGUCAAACUCAAUCUGCUCUGGACCUCCAUACCAGCGGAGGAGCUAGAGAGCUUUCUGCCUUUACUCUGCAGAGUCACACAACUCAGUGUUGACAGGCUGCUGUUGCUGAAGCUGCUUCAUUGCUGCAGUUCCUCUGAUCUCCAGCAGGAGGCAGCAGAUGUUCUUCUCUCUGCUCUUCACCACAGACUGGACUUCUCCUGCUGCUCUUCUCUGGAUUUAACAGACACACAGGAAAACCAGGAGCAUUUGAAACUAACUGAAGAAGACUGUAGAAUAAUCUCAUCUGUGCUUCAGAAAACUCCAAGCAUUGUGAAGUUGAUCUUACAGGACUGUGAGCUCUCUGAGGAGGCCCUGAAACAACUUUGGCCAAUCCUGCCUCAAGUCCAGCUGAAUUGUAGUAAAGCUCUGCUACUGCAGUUUCUGGCUUGUAUUAGUAAAGAUGGAUCUCAGAGAGGCUCUUUGAGGAGCGCUGAGGCUCUUUCACAGGCUUUGGGAGGAGAGAUGGACCUCAGUCACACUCAGAUGAACCCGAGAACUUGUGAACAGCUGGCACUGUUUCUGGAAUAUUCUGAAGGACUGACAGAACUGGAUCUCAGUCACUGCAAACUCACUGAUCUCUGCCUGGAGCUGCUGCUGCCACAUCUGCACAAAACCCAGACUCUGGACCUGAGUCACAAUAAUAUCACAGAUGAAUCAGCAAAGAGGAUCCACAGUAUCGUCUGCACUCACAGCAAUCUUCAGACUGUACGACUCUUCGGAAACAAAAUCAGUGAAAGAAAGCAAUUCACCAGAGACAAGCGAUUUGAAAUAUGGUGAAGAUCCUGGGCCAGAACCUUAAUGAUUUAACAUUAGGAGGGUGUUUGAUUUAUGAUUAAACAAACUUUGCAAAGCACUUAACAGUGUUCUGUGUAGAAGUUUAUUUUUAUGAAUAAUUAAAAAUUAUAGCUUUAUGUUUGAACCAGA